UUUUUUUACUAUUUUAAUAUUUGGUACAAACUCCCAUGCAGAUCCAUGAAUUCACGAACCCUGACUAUGUACAUCCAUCCCUACUGUCUUAACCUAGUCAACUUUCAUCUAUAAAUAAUAAACCCCAUUUACCAAUUCUUCACCAUUUUAGAUUGUCUCUCUUUUUUGCCCUAAAAAUUAUUCUUCUUGGGUUUAUUUUGAUUAUUUCAUUUUCUUCUUAUAACACUCAAGAACUAAUUUAUAAAAUUCGAAAAAAAAAAUGGCUGAGUUGCAAAUGAAUGCUAAAUCUUCAAAGAGAUCGUCGUCGUCGAAGAGAAGCAACAACGGGUUCACAAGAAAAUGCGCGUCUUUGGUUAAGGAACAACGAGCCCGGAUCUACAUUCUCCGCCGCUGCGCCACCAUGCUCCUCUGCUGGUACAUUCAAGGAGACGAUAACUGAUCGGAUCGGAGUUUGUGCAAAAUGACCGAAAUGCCCUUUAUUUUUUCCACUACAUAAAUCCCCGAACCC